UCAUUCACUUGCAGCUUCUGAGUCACACUCAACAAGUCCAAUCUACCUUUCAGAUUUCUCAUUCUGUUACCACCAUCUCUACCUGCCACUGCUUUCUUGUCUUUUUUAUUUCAGAGGGUUUCUGACUAUUUGUGCAACAUAUUUAUCUCAGGAAGUAUAAGUUUUUAUCUUGAGAGGUUUCAUAAUCUUUAAAGCCAUGAAAGGAAAGAACCGGAGAAAUGGCGGAACGGUUCAAUUGGAAUAUCUGAUCCACAUACAGGAGCUAAAGCCUUGGCCUCCGUCGCAAUCUCUUAGAUCCAUUCGAUCUGUAUUGCUACAAUGGGAGAAUGGAGAGCGCGCUUCUGGGUCGACGAAACUUGUUUCGUCGUCACUUGAUGAAGGAAAAAUCAAGUUUAAUGAGUCGUUUAGGCUUUCUGUGACACUGGUGAAGGAUAUGUCUGUUAAGAAUGCUGAUGCUGGAGUUUUCCAGAAGAAUGCUUUGGAGUUCAACUUGUAUGAGCCGAGAAGGGAUAAGAUUGUUAAGGGUCAGUUGCUGGGGACCGCUAUUGUAGACUUAGCGGAUUGUGGUAUAGUAAGAGAGAGUUUAAGCAUUAGUGUACCAUUGAACUGCAAGAGAAACUACAGAAACACGGAGCAGCCACUUUUAUUUGUUAAAAUUGAGCCUGUUGAAAAGAAUCGCGCUAAGUCCACGUUGAAGGAUAGUUUAUCAAAGGAAAACUGCAGUAGUGGUGAUUCUGUAUCGGCAUUGAUGAGUGGGGAAUAUGCUGAGGAAGCUGAGAUUGCCUCUAUUACUGAUGAUGAUGUUUCCUCUCAUUCAUCUGCGGCUGCAGUUACAAAUUCUCCCGAGUCGAGUGGGUAUAUGCUUCCUAAUCGUGAAGAGAAUGGAUCAGCUCGAAAAAAUGGUAGGAAUGACAAGGAACAUCACCUGGUUUCAGAAACAAGGGAUGAAAAGUUAAAUAUGAUGCAACAGGAUAUGUAUGCGAGACCAGAGAGGAGUCCAGGAAAUGGUCAUAAUUCUAUGGAAAAUACUCCCAACUAUGGUUUAGAGACAACCCAAAAGCAUGUUGUUUCUCCUUGUGCUGAUUAUUUUCCCAUAUCCUUGGAGGAAAGUUCUAUGAGUAAGUCCAAAAGCAGUGAUCAUGAAAAUCCGAAUCAGGAGAUUCAGGUAAAGGCUUCUCUAGAUAGCAAGAACCCAGGCUCAAUAAAAUCUGAUGGUUUGGAAAUCGAGGACAAAUUAAACGAUAGAUGUGAGGAAGCAGACAAAUAUUGUAUGAAGGAAGGAGGAAGUGAUGAAUAUUACUAUAGUUCUGUUGAGGACAAGCUUGGCAACAUUUCCAAAAGUGAAAGAUUGAAAUACGUAAAAUCUGUAAGGUCAUCUGGAGACUCAACUAGGAGUAUUGGAUCACAUGGUAGCAAUCAUCAUGGUGAAGUAAAGGAAAAUGGCAUUAAUGGAGAUGCUCAUAACAAUGGAGGGAACAUCAGAAGCAGUGACAAAAAAGAUGGUAAGGUUUAUCCAAGGGAUUCCCGAAAUACCAAUUUAGACAGCAAGAUUCAACAUUUAGAAAACAAGAUAAAGAUGCUUGAAGGAGAAUUAAGAGAAACUGCUUCAGUCGAGGCUGCUUUAUAUUCUGUAGCUGCUGAGCACGGAAGCUCCAUGAGUAAGGUUCAUGCGCCUGCGCGACGCCUUUCCAGACUGUACAUUCAUGCUUGUAAAGAAAAUAUUCCAGCAAGAAGGUCUGGUGCAGCUAAAAGUGCUGUUUCAGGAUUAGUACUUGUUGCAAAGGCAUGUGGAAAUGAUGUCCCAAGGUUGACGUUUUGGCUGUCUAAUUCUAUUGUUUUGAGAACAAUUAUAUGCCAAACCACCAAGGACGUUGCAAGAUCAAGUCCUUCUGGAACUAGUGCAAGAAGGAAGAGUGGAGAGGGGAAUGGAAAGACAGUACAACCAUUAAUAUGGAAGGGUUUCUCUCCUAAGAAAAGUGAAAAUAUAGCAGUUGAAUAUGAAGGUUUUGCUAACUGGGAUGACCCAAACGUGUUCACAUCAGCACUGGAAAAGGUGGAGAGUUGGAUCUUCUCUCGCAUUGUAGAAUCUAUUUGGUGGCAGUCUCUGACUCCACAUAUGCAGCUUGUUGAUGCAAAGAUUACUCAUAAUGAUGUGAGUUCUGUCAUUAGUAAAAGCUUUACAAAGAUGUCUAGUUUACGUGAUCAAGAGACGGGAAAUUUAUCAUUAGACAUUUGGAAGAAUGCUUUUAAAGAAUCAUGUGAAAGGAUCUGUCCUGUCCGAGCUUUGGGGCAUGAGUGUGGUUGUCUGUCUGUGUUGCCUAGAUUGGUAAUGGAGCAGUGCAUUGCCAGAUUAGAUGUUGCUAUGUUCAAUGCCAUUCUUCGCGAAUCGGCUGAUGACAUUCCAUCUGAUCCUAUAUCUGAUCCAAUUAGUGAUCCCAAAGUUCUCCCCAUUCCACCUGGUAAAUCAAGCUUUGGAGCUGGCGCUCUGCUAAAAACUGCGGUUGGUAACUGGUCUAGAUGGUUGACUGACCUAUUUGAUAUGGACGACGACGACGACUCACUUAAGGAUAAAGAUGACGACAUUGAUAACAAUGAUGGAAAUUCAUCCUUCAAGGCCUUCCAUCUUCUUAAUGCACUAAGUGAUCUUUUGAUGCUUCCUAAGGAUAUGCUGUUAAGCUCAUCCAUCAGGAAAGAGGUCUGCCCAAUGUUUGGUGCGUCAAUAAUCAAGAAGAUUCUUGACAAUUUUGUCCCGGAUGAGUUUUGCCCCGAUCCAAUUCCCACGGAUGUGUUUGUAGCUCUGGACUCACAGGAUGAUCUCGAUGAGGAAAAUGAGUCUGUCAACAACUUCCCAUGCAUUGCUGCUCCCAUUGUAUAUUCACCCCCGCAAGCAAUAACAAUUGCAAACAUUGUCGGGGAGAUUGGACAUGAAUCUCAAAUUAGUCAGCUGAGAAGAAGCAGAUCAUCUGUUGUCAGGAAGUCACACACCAGUGAUGACGAGCUCGAUGAAUUAAACUCCCCAUUAUCUUCAAUUUUAUUCAGUAAUUCCUCCUCACCAGUAUCAACAAAACCAAACUUGAAGUGGAAAGAAAGUCACAAUGAGUCUUCAGUCAGAUAUGAACUUCUUAGGAGUGUUUGGAUGAACAGCAACUGACUAUGCAGUAAUCAGAUUUUAGCCCCUUCAUGUAACAGUUGUAUCCGGUUGUAAAAAGAAUAUAUACUAUAGCUUUAGCAGAGGUGUAGUAACUAAUUAGACUUAUGACAAGAUAGCGAAAAUGACAUGCAUGUAAUAAAUAAUAAAAUUGAGCCUGUGUAAUGUAUAGUAAGGUCAUGUGAUGGUAACUCUUAUUUGCAUUUAUUUGUGUAAUUUUCUUUGAAAAUAAUAAAAUUGAGCCUGUGUAAUGUAUAGUAAGGUCAUGUGAUGGUGACUCUUAUUUGCAUUUAUUUGUGUAAUUUUCUUUGAAAAUAAUAAAAUUGAGCCU